AUGACUUGCACCUCAACCCACUACGAAAUUCUUGGUCUCCCCGAAGCCAUUCGCCAUGAAUCACACAUUCCGGCGCAAACCUUGAAGAGUGCCUAUCGGAGGGCUCUGCUUCACAACCAUCCCGAUAAAUCGCAAGUCCAAAACAAGGCGUCUUUACACGCUAGAACCAGCAUAUACUCCAUAGACCAAAUAUCCGAAGCGUUUCAGAUUCUUUCGAAUUCUCGCUCUCGAGCCACGUACGACAGAGAAUUGAAGUUACAAUGCGGGUUUGCAAAUACAAAGGACGGAAAGGGAGGGCAAGCUUUUCGUACGGGUGUUGAGACUGUAGAUUUGGAUGAUCUGGAGGUCGACGAUGCCCCGAAUUUAUGGUACAGGAGCUGCAGAUGUGGGGACGAACGCGGGUUCCUCAUCGCAGAGUCGGAUCUAGAAGAAGCUGCAGAGGACGGCGAGGUCAAUGUUGGGUGCCGAGGAUGCAGUCUCUGGCUAAAGGUGCUUUUUGGAGUUAUCGAGGAGUGA